AUGCCGGGGAAGGGACCUGUUCUUCCCCCUAAUGGAAUAGGACGGCCCGUCAGACCUCGAAGCUCUAAACUUGAAGAUAUCACGCCUACAGCUGGAUCUGAAAGUCGAGAAGACAGUCAAGCCCAGAGUUUGGUACGCCCGGUCCACCAGCAACUUUCAGUCGAUUUCGAACCCAGGUCAAGUAUUUGGCUCCAACCUACAAGACUGAUCAAGAGGCCCAUUACUGGAAGCACCUUUCUAUCAUGUAGGAAGCGAAGACGAAUCUCACGACCAUCGCUAGGAUCAAGUUUGAUCAAUCUUCCUGUCGAAAUCACCCUGAUGAUAGUCGAACACUUGGUGGACGAAAGCUGUCCUCGAUACGAUAGUGGUCUCUAUAACACCCGACCACAGGACCCAAUGCCUCGAUUACUAGGUCUGGCAUACACCUGCAAGCGUUUCCAUGCCGAAGUUUUGAUAUCGAUGUUCCGCGCCGAGAAACUCGAAAUCUGGUUGAGCGUCAAGGACGGCACCAAGGAUUUCAUCAUUCCUGUAAUUGAGAACUUCAAUUUCAAACGACAGCAUUUCGUUAUCCGCGGUGAAAACGAGGCGAAUAAGACUUCCGUUGAAUUAGAAAUUCCACGCCAUCUCAAAAAGACUGAUCUUGAGCGCAUUGGUACUUUGAAUGUUAUCAUGCUGCACAUGGUCUACGAAUGCUGUACAAAGAAUUGCAACCAGUCUGAAUAUCAUUGCAAGGCGAAGGAAAUGAUGGAAGCCGUGAUUGAGGCUAUACGGAGACUGCUGGAGUUCAAAUUCACCGGCGUUAAAAGAUUGAACCUCCAUGUAAUCGAAUGCAGCAUACAGUGCGCGCCUCAAGCCACCACCACAACCCCGCCUAUGAGGCUUAGGACACUGCCAUUUGCUACAGAGCUUAUCGAUGUAUACGAUUUCCUUGGAUGUGCACAACACUUACACCAAGUUGCGUAUAAUGUGCGCUCCGAAACAGGAGAGAACGGGGUGAUGUUGGGACGGACGCCGGGACUGCGCGAAUUUGAUGAAGAAGUCACGACCAGCUGGAUGAGGGAGAUUCUAAGUGAAGCUGACAGCCUACGCAAUGAUCUUUAG